AACGAUAACAAGAAACAUGUCGGCGAGACACACGGAGGAGGCUCUCGUAUUUUGGUGAUGCAGUAACUCGCGCGGAGUGAGCUCGAAUUCUAAUGGUUGCGUGUGACUAUGGCAGAACCCAGUCUAGAUCUUCGCCCCCUGACGGCUCUUGAGAACCUGGUGGGCGUGCAGAUAGGGACUCUUCCCAUCCCGAGCGAGGCCGAGGAGGAGGCCAGGGCGAUGGACGCGGGCCACCUCGCGCCCCUCAAGCUCGUCGACGAGGAGCCCGGGACGCCUGCCACGCCGCCUGCUCCUCCCGGCGAGCCCCUGGAAGACCUGGUGGAGGCGAGCGGCGGUGGGAAGGAGGAGGUGAGCGAAGGCGAGGGCAUGAACACUGCCCAGGAGGGACAGGAGGAGGAGGGGGCGCAGGACGCGGACCGCCUCCCCGCCCUGGCCCUCCCGCAGGACACCUCCAGGGACAGCAGCCUUCAGCCGUCAGGGGGGGAAACGGUGGCGCCCGUGGACAGUGCGCUGCCCAACGAAGCCAUGCCAGCUGUCAGCUCGGAACACUUAGUGGGGGAGCAGCAUGAGGGGGAGCAGUUGUCAGAGAGUGAGCCCAUGGAGACCGAGUCGUCCUGGGCUGGUGACAAGGAGCCCUUGCCCAAUGACAGUGGCAACGAAACCUCCGUGCGGGACAGGGAGGCGGAGGAGACCCUUGGGGGCGGGGACUCCAGCACCAGCAGUGGGGGAGGCGAGGGCAGUGUGUCAGGGACGGGAGCGCCCGAAACGGAAGAGCAAUUCAGUUGGGACAAUGUGCGUUGUGUUUUCUGUGACGCGAGUGCGAUAGACCAAGAACCUAAACUUCUACCGUGUUUACACUCGGCUUGUAACAAGUGCUUAACCCAUGAGGCAGCUGAGCCAGAAAUGAACAAAGAUGAUGAGAUUGUUGCAAUGGACCCAUUAAUCCAUUGUCCAGUAUGCAAAAAAGGAUUUCCACAAGACAGUAUACUGGACAAUAUGUUUAUAUGUGAAGCUCAAGGCAGUGGGGACCGAGGAGCUGGAGCAUCUGAGGAGAGCUUCACAUGUACGUCCUGCACAGAUGAAGCUGUAGCGACUGGUCUAUGUACAGACUGUUCAGAAUGGCUGUGCGAUCAAUGUAUACAGGCCCACAAAAGAGUGAAGGUAACCAAAGACCACAUCAUUAAGGGUAAAGGAGAGGUGGACUCUGACUCAUCAUCCACCAAGACUCAGGCCAAGAGAGCGCUCUUCUGUAACAUACACAUUAAGGAGAAGUUAAAUCUUUACUGUCAGACCUGCGAUCAGCUAACCUGCAGAGACUGUCAGUUGAUAGAGCACCGAGAACACAAGUACAAGUUUUCUGAAGAGAUGGCAAGCAUUACAAGAGAAAGACUAAGACAGUUUCUAAUGGAUAUUCGUAAGAAGAGAGGCUAUAUAGAAAAUGCGAAAGAAUUAGUCGGGGAACGACGGCAACAGAUUCUUAGUAAACAAGAGUCUGUACAAGCUGACAUAAAUAGGCUAGUCGAAACGUUCAUAGAAAUUAUAAGACAAAGGGGUAAUAACUUGUUUGAUCUGCUGAGAGAGGUUUGCAACAGUAAGCAGGAGCAGCUAGACAAGAAAAACGAGGUCCUUCUGCAUCUAGGAUCGCAGGCUGACCAUUGCAUCACUGUUGUUGAAGCUGUCCUCAGCUCAUCUUCAGACAUGGCCCUUCUUUAUUCGAAAAAAUUAUUAAUGGACCAGGUCCUUAAAGUAGACAAAGAUUCUCCUGACAGAAGCUUAUUUGACCGUUUCAAAGCUAAGCUCAAUUCAGGUGAUGACAUCUCCUUAAGAAUAUCCAGUGAAUCUAGAGGGUUAGGCAAAGCCUUAAAGGACGUAGGUUAUCUUCUGGUUGAUAACAAAGUCUACCCACCCCCUGACGCUGGGGUUCAGAACAAGGUGCGUUCUUCCCAGCCAUCCCCCGUUGAUCCAUCUGCUUCUCCGCAGCCUCCUCAACCCCCACAGCCUCCAGCACUUACACCUAUGCAUUCAGCCAUCCAGCAGCAGCAACAGCACAUUCAGCAGGGAGGCAGCAUGCACCAUAAAUUUCACAACUUCGGUCCCGCACCUCCCGGUCCAGCUAAUCCACCAGGCCUGGUAAGGAUCCAGCCUAAGCCUUCAAAUCAACCCCAUCCAGGUCCCAGUCUCACCAACUUUGCCAGGAUGCCCCAGUUAACACAGGGAAGAUCAUCAGAUGUAUCGUCCUCCGUCUCAUCAACCACUCAUCCAAUAGGAGAAAAUAGUCACCUACGAGGACUUCUAGGAUCUGGUGGGACUUACAAGCUAAACGCAUUCAACCCUCAUUUAGCAGCUCGUUUACAGCAGCACCAGCCACACCAAGGAACUUCAAGAAGCCAUCAUGACCAGCAGGGUUCUCCAAGAUCCUCCUUGCCCUUUCGACAGAGCAUGAACCCUGGUGCAGCACCAAUGCCAAUGCCAGGGGGUUCACAGCCCAACAACAAUCCUUUAAGUAUGGUCAACAUGGCAGCACAGCUUAGUGCCCCAUCUGGUAUCAGUAUCACUCCGGUUCCUCCUCAAAAGGCAACUCCGCAGCACCAGCAAGGACACAUGCCACACCAGCAGCAGCAACAACUCCCUCACCAAUCAAAGUCCCACCAUCAGCAGCACCUCUCACUACAGAACAUACUCCGAAAUACAUUAUCACAGCCUGCAAUGGCGCAGAAAUCUGAUUCUCGUCAGCCGUCACCACACAGCACCCAGCAACCACAGCUGAAGAAAGAGAGCAGUAGUCCGACUCCAUCGUGGCAUAUCCCACAGACAGCAGAGUCCUCUAAGUCAAGCAGCAGCAACAGUAAUAGUCAUAGCAGUCAUGACAACUCUACUCCCAUGGUCACCAUCCCCACAGAGAAUCUUGACAACUCCUUCAAGAUUGUUCUGGGUCCCAGUAAAAGCAACGGUGGGGUGAGUUCCUCAACCAUCAGCAACCCCAACACCAACACCUCCAACUCCAACUCCAACUCCAACAGUACCUCCAACAUCCCCCCCAACUUGCCCCCGCUCACCAGGAUCCCAGGGUUUAGAUCAAUCCUUCCAAAGCCCACAGCAACCUCAGAUGCCAAGGAGACUAGGCUUUCAAGUGAAAGUUUGGGCCAGGACUCGGCAUCAGAUGAGAGCAAGCUCAAGAGCAUACCUCCUCCAUCAGUUUCAAUCACUUUAGCAGCCCUUACUGGUUCCUCCUCAUCUGACCCAGCAAAUGGGCCAAAAGUGAAGGUGGAGGACCACACAAAUUCCACUCAUGUUGACAGUUCAUCCAGUCCUUCAAGUGGUUUUAAUUCUGAUGACCGGCUAAGAGUGACAGAAAAUGGUGAUGAGAGUAGAAAAAGAAGAGAAGACACCAACAAUGAUAGUGAGGACAGCCUGCCAGACCUGACCAUUGACACUGGCUCUGUGGAUUCUAUGCCAUCAGUCCCCUCAGAGCCAAAAAACGGAAAGUCUAGUGAAGUUUCAAGUGAUAGUGAAAUGGACUCAGCAGGCAAUAUCCUUGGUCCUGGAGCAUCUGUUCCUUGGAAGAAGGACCCCAAUGAUCCCAAUGAUGACUGGUGUGCUGUUUGCUGGGAUGGAGGUGACCUAAUAUGCUGUGAUUAUUGUCCAAAGGUAUUUCAUGUGCAUUGCCACAUUCCAACACUCACACACAUACCAACGGAGCAUGAGAAGUGGCAGUGCAUGUUGUGUACUGAUCUGGAUAACUUAGACACUUUUGAUUCCAAUGACAAAUCAAAACGGAAAUUAGGCCUAGCAUCUCGUGAUAUCAAAGUGGCACAGAGAAUAUUACUAGAGCUCUACUGCAACUACGAAGCCUCCCAGCCAUUCCGAGAGCUUGUGGACAGAGAGCUUACAGAGUAUUACGAAGUAAUUAAACAGCCCAUGGCAUUGGAGAUAGUGAAAAGAAGGUUGGCUCCAGACUCACAGGACCACUACGAAGAUCUUGAAGAUUUUGUGAAAGACAUUCGCCUUAUCUUUAAGAACUGUUAUGAAUUUAAUCCGAAAGACACUGAAAUAUAUCAAAAUGCCAAGAUCCUUGAAGACUUCUUUGAGCAGCUAUUAGAAAAGUGGCUGGUAGAUUAUGCCUUUGACUCCAUGGACAACGUAGAUGAGCCAGACACACCACAGCCAAAGAAAAAAAAGAAGGUUUCUAAAGAGGCCGAUGGAGUACUUCACAUUCAUUAGGAGAAUUUGCAUUUGGAAGCUUGUAUGUUAUUGGGUUGGAAUGUAUUGAAUGCUGUGGAAAGUUAUCAGUGCCUAGAGUUGAGAGAGUGACUGUGAACAUAAAAGGAGGUAAAUAAUGAGUACGUGACAUUUAAAUACCAUAGUCCAUUAUGUACAGUGAAAUAUUUUUGUUGCAAGUAUGGCAAAAUCUGGUAUGUUUUUUCUUCUUUUUCUUCUUCUCCUCUUUCUUUCUCCUUCAUUAUUUUGUAGACAUGUAAACUGAUUUGUAAACCAUGGAAAGGGUGAAACUUGUGAGGGUUCAGCACAACUUAUUGCUCAAGGAAAGAGGAUUUUAGAUAUGACCCGAUAAUUUAUUCUAACAUUUAUUGUAUUUAGUUGUAGAAUUGUAAGUCAAAGCCUAUCUGAAUAAACAUGGAAUAUUUUAUAC